AUAUGACCAUGGUCGUAUUUGCCAUUUUCCGGCGAAUACGACCAUCGUCGUAUUUGCCAUUUUCCGGCGAAUAUGGAAUGAGUUGUGACCUGUGGUAUUUCGAUUUUAUUUUUCAAAAUCAGUCAGUUAUGUCUUUAAUAAUUUUUGAAACCGUCGAUUUAAGAAUUUGAAAGUUUACAGUUUGGUAGGAGUGGGACAACCUUUGUUGAUUAUGAAACAGGUAAAAUCAGCCCAAUCUAUAGCGAAAGACCUUACCUGGUAGCAUUUUACCACAAAGGUUAUUAAUCAGCUAACGCUGGACAUUAGCGUAACAAGGGGGGUGUUAUGGUGUCAAGUAACGGAGGGGGGAGCUACAAAAAUAAUUACAAAAAUAUUGUGCACAGUUUAAUGAAUUAAACUACAUAAAACAGACAUUGCUUUUUUGAUGCUUUUAUUUUAAGGAUACGCUUGAUAGGGAUUUUACGGUCCGAAGGCCGAACUUCGUACUGAAGUGAUCAUUUUUUGCCACCUUAUUAUCUAUUGUGCAUUCGACGCAAACAAAAUGCGACGUAUAACCUAAUCAUAUUUUAUUGAAAUUUACACAUCUUUUUCCUCAAAGUCUAAUGAGUCCCUAGGGCGUCGGCGGUGUGAACAAACCAGCCAAUUACAAUUCCUUACAUGAAGUAAACCCGCAUCUUAUUCCCAAGUUGUGCCAGCGGGCUCUAAAGGCGGCAAAAUUGAAAUUUUUUCGGACAACGGGCGUUAUGUUCCAUCAUUUUUAUGAUCGAUUUUAACUUAUAUAAUCCCGUUUGGCAGUUGAAUAAUCGAAGCUGAUAUGCCCUACAAAAAACAUUGACGAGUGGAAAACUUAUAAUGGAUGUUGGUCAUAUCGCAAGAAAAACACCAAAAGAUUGGCUGCAAUUUAUCACAAAUGAACGAAAAACGUAUACUGGACCAAAUAAAUACAAGUAUUGUAUGCAAUUGUACAGAAGGGCCGUGGAUUCAAUUCCAGCUAACGAAUUUGCUCAUAACAAUCAUGCAUACGCUAAAAUAAUGGUGGAUUUUGCGAAACUACAGGCGCAAACAUCAGAGGAUGAUGCCAGGACAAUAUUUCAGGCAGCCAGAAACAAUGUGAAAUAUUGUUCGCUUAUUUAUGUUGCAUGGGCACAAUUUGAAUUGCUUAAAAAUAAUCCUAAGAAAUGCAAAAAGGUUUUGAAUAAAGGGAAACAAUUUUGUGCAGAACCUGGAUAUCUUCUGGACAUGGCAAUGGAGAACUUUGAAAAUGGAAAUGAUCAGUUGAUUGAUGAUGAGACUGAAGAAUAUACAUUUACUGAACUUAUCAACAAAAAUUUUAGCAAAACAGAAGAACUCCCUGAUUUUAUUAAAAUGCAGAAGCGGACAUCUGAUUCAUCAAUUGAAAGUACUUUGUCCUCACCUGGUGCCUUGUCACCUGAGAAUGUCAACUUAACUGAAUCUUCUGAAGAUAGUGAUGAAGUUAUUUUUGUAAAGAAAAUAUCCAGAUCAACACACUUGCCCUCCAUAACUGAGGCUCAACCUGUGUUGCUGCAAAAUCCAAAAAAGGUGGCAUUGAAUAAGGAGAAUAUUUCUGAUAAACUCACAUCAGGUGGUGAAACACUGCUUCAGGUAACAUCAACCCAAAGAAGCAAUGAAGAGGAAAAUAAAGUAUCAGAAUUAAAAUACUCGAUUACCAGAAACCUUCCCAAUGCUGCACAGAGAAAAGAGAGCAAAAAAGAAUCUUCUUUUCCCAAGUUCAGUGGCACAAAAAACAAUGAUCGUUUGUCAGCUGGUAGUGAAUCUAGUGAAGAUAUUGAUGUUGCUCUGUUAAAGAAAUCUUUGCUAAAUAUUGGAAGUAAAACGGGUGUGAUGAAUUUCGCCACUCCACGCAACAAAAAUUCGACCCAGAUUGCGGCAACUAAACCCAACAGCAACAUAGGGAAAGGUUCGUUAGUUAAGAAUAGAAGAGCAAAACGUUCAGUUGCUAUUGGCCUGCCACAGCGUGUUCCAAGAGUUACGACAAAUGAUAGUAAACUCAAUUCACUUGUGAAAACAGAAGAAAGCGAUUCAAUUGAUGGUGUUUUUGCUUUUCCGCAAGAAAACGAUGUGAGCAGUGAUGAUAACGUCCCAGACGUGAUACAGAAUGGAGUGACUGAGCGACCAAAACCUAGCUGGACUGCUUUCCCUAAAGAAAUGUCCUCUCAAUUGCCUCCUUCGAACCAGCAGCAGCAUCUCUGCGAUAAUAAGGCGAAAUACACGAAAUCUGACCGAAACAUUUCACCAGGUACUGCCAUAGUGUCACUUACAAAUGAAAGCAAGAGCGGUGCUGGGUUAGGUGAUGAUUUUGAUGGUGCAACAAGUUCAAGCACGUCUAAUAAAUAUGUUGGAAAGCAGACAACAAACCUGAUUUCUGGAUCAGUGCAACUGGACCGACAUAUUGAAGCUAAUUUGAUGCAAAUAGUUUCGAACAAGACAUCAACGCAAACAAGCAAAAAUGCUAAAUUUCUUGAUUUUAAACAAUGUCAAUCAAAACGUCGUCUUGAUUCAGUUAAAAACACUCCAAACAAUCCAGAGUCUAAUGAUCAUGGAAGUAGUCAAUGUCAUCCAAAGAACUCUUUUAUGCAGAAUUUGACCCGGGAUUUUGAGAGGGAAACUAAUCAGGGUGCAGAGGCGUCUCGUGCAGUAGCAUCUCAUGGUAAUGCAAAUGAAUCAGACCAUAAUCUUUCCCAUAGUAAAAUCUCUGAAUUUAACCAGUUCUUCACCUCCACACCAGCGACGGGGAAAGAAAAUGUCAUGCCAAACGGCCCUCAAACUCAAAAUACGAAUGAAAGCAUGCGACCCAUUUCAAAAUCGUAUCAAUUGCAGAAGAAGAACGGUCACAUAAACUCACAAGACACUAGCUUAACAACUGAAAGCAUCUUAAACCAACCUGGCACUUUUCCUGAAGUUAUAUCGUCAAAUACAUCGUCGGGUAAUGAUCAGAACAAGUUAACAUCUAUUUCUCUGACAUCGAAUAUUUCAAAAUCUGGCAACCCACAACAACAGUUUAUUAACGGCUUUCCAAUCUGCAUUUCAGCAAUCCAAAACAUUGUUGUUAAUGGCAAAAUCUACCGCAAAUUAAACAUGAUCGGAAGAGGAGGAUCUAGUGAGGUAUACACAGUACACGAUUCCGAUCAUACCUUGUAUGCCUUGAAGUAUGUGGAUAUAAAAAACGCUGAUUCAUCCGUAGUUGAAAGUUAUGUUAAUGAAAUUACAUUACUAAAGAGGUUGCAAGGACAUGAGUGUAUUAUCAAGUUAUACGACUGGGAAAUGGAUAAAGUAAAUAAAGUAAUCAAGAUAGUUCUGGAACGUGGAAGCACAGAUCUUUCUGGUUACCUGAGGAAAAAUCGCGAGAAAAUAACAAUAGAUUUUAUAAAAAUGUGUUGGAGGAAAAUGCUAGACGCUGUUGAUGUGAUACAUAAACUAGGAAUUAUUCAUAGCGAUCUGAAGCCAGCAAACUUCCUGUUGGUGGAGUGGAAUCUUAAAUUGAUUGAUUUUGGAAUAGCCAAUGCAAUUCAGAGCGAUGUGACAAGUUUCUACCGUGAUUCAACUAUUGGCACAUUGAGUUACAUGUCACCAGAAGCUUUGAAGGAUAGCUCACAAUCUCCACAGAAAAAACGUAAACCGAUGAUGAAGAUCGGUCGUCCAAGCGAUGUUUGGUCACUUGGAUGUAUAUUGUAUGUCAUGGUUUAUGGAAAGACCCCAUUUCAGCAUAUCAAGAACAACUUUCAGAAAUGGAGCUGUAUCGUAGAUCCCAAUUAUGAAAUUAAAUUUCCUCCCAUUGAAAACCAGGAUCUUCUUGACUCAAUGAAGGGAUGUCUGAGGAGAAAUCCCAGGGAAAGGUACACCAUUGCACAAUUGAAAAGUCAUCCAUUUAUUACUGGAAGAGCAUCGGCUAAUGAUGUGGACAAUGUCCUCAACUGUCUUAUGCAAAUGCAAGACAUAAACUCACCAAGGAGAUUGAGAACGUUUGCUCAGAACCUUGUUGGUCAUCUUUCUUCAGGAAGCUCAUUAAACAUGGCUUCCUUGCAACCCUGUCAAAAGUCAAAGGGAAAAUAACAACACAACAAGUUCUGUGGAACGCGAGAAAUUAGCCCCAGAAAGAGAAGGGUGCCAUCUUAUGCCAUAUAUAGCUAUACAGUGCAUGAAUGCAUAUGAAUUAGUAUUUAUAGAUUGCCGAAAUUGAGCGUCAAAGGUUCAGUUUAUCAGGUGACCAUUAAUAAGUCACCACUGCUAGAAAAAUCGGCAUACUACCAGAAUAGACCUUUUCGGCAAUUAUUUAAGAAGAGAUUUUUUAUUAUGUCGCGUAUUUUGGCGGGA